AUGAAGGUGCUGGAGCAAAUAGUGGCAUACGCGACUUGUUUUGACACAGGGAAACAGAUGCGUAAAAUGGGUUCUGUGACGUAUACAACACUUGCAGUCCGCGGGAUAUGCACGAUUAUGGUAAUUGUGGCUUUAUGCCAACCAGUGAAUUCUUUGUCUCACGAAAAACAGAUCAUUGAAGACAUCUUAUCCACUUAUAAUAAACGUGGACGACCUGUACUAAGUGACAGCACUGUGGUGGAUGUCUCACUAGAUGUGUCAAUCAAACACGUCGUUGACAUGUUCUGGAAAGAUGAGUAUUUGACGUGGGAUUCAUCUUUGUAUGGAAAUGUUGAAAGAAUCGUUUUACCAAGCAGUGAAAUAUGGAUCCCUGAUAUAAAGCAAUACAACGACGUUGACGACAGUGUAGACAAUGACGCUGCUAAUGUAUUUGUUUCUGUCGAGUCGGACGGGAGAGUUACUAUGGCGUGGCGUCCACUGUAUACAGAGACGGCGUGCCGUGUCGACGUACGGUACUUUCCUAUCGACUCCCAGGUCUGUAAUUUACAGUUCGGUUCCUGGAUAUACGACGUCAAUCAAUUGAGCAUCGUAUCUAGACACGACCGUUUAAACUCGUCUGAAUUCAAACCUAUCGGGGAGUGGACACUGCAGAACAGCCAAGUGCGAUCAAUCACGCAUUCUGGAAAGGACGGACGCGCGUACUCAUUGCUACAACUUACCAUCGUCAUCGACCGUAAAAGCAGCAUGUACAUAACAAGUUACAUGUUCCCGUGCGUUCUUAUAUCGGUGUUGAUGUUACUCAGUUUCAUUAUACCAUACCAGUACGGCGUUCAAAAGAUCAGCAUGGGUGUCACUCUCUUUUUAACCGGCGUUGUAUACUUACAGUCUAUUAUUAAAAUUCUCCCUGCAACCUCAGACUCUCCUAUCAUGCUCACCCAUUACUACAUAACUAUGUUGUUAUUUCUAUCGUUGGGGACACUGGCAAAUAUCAUCUCACUUAUCUUGACUCAUAUGGAUUCAAGCGGCAAACGAGAGGUACCACAUUUAUUGCGCAAGAUCUGUUUCGUGGAUAACAUGCACACUUCACAUCGGUCCGGCAGUAUUGUAACGGUAAUUCAAAACGAUGAUAGCAACGAGAACAUGGUACUGAGAAAAUCAAAGGCAACACAGGCUUCAGACAUAGAGUCAAGCGCCACCGUUUUAGACAUAGAAAACGCGGUUAACGACAUCAGAGACAUGAUGCACAGUUGUAAUACUUACAGCAGAGUCGUCGCAAUGGCAGAAAAGAUGUCACAGAUAAAAACAAUAGAAAAAUGA